AUGGGAGGCCACGCACUCGUCUUUGGCGCCUCGGGCAUCACCGGCUGGGGCGCUGUCAAUGCUUUGCUGAGCGACUAUCCCACCCCGGACGCCUUUGAUCGCGUUACCGCGUUGACGAAUCGACCUCUCCCUGUUGAGGAGUCUGGAUGGCCGGCGUCGAAGAAGCUGAAUGUUGUCUCCGGAUUGGAUCUUCUUUCCGGUGACCAGGCGGCUUUGGAAGAGAGCAUUCGGCAGCAGGUUCCCCAGAUUGAGACCGUCAGCCACGUCUAUUUCUUUGCGUAUAUCUACAAUGCCGACAGUGAGACUGAGAUCCAGAUCAAUGUGGACUUGUUGAAGAGGGCGAUCACGGCGGUGGACAGCCUCAGUGGCAAGCUGGCUUUUGUGGUGCUUCCGACUGGCGUCAAGACCUACGGCGUCCACCUCCUCGAUAAAUUCCCCUUCGCCGACAAACUCCCUCUUAGCGAAUCCCUCCCCCCCAUCCCCGAGCCCUUCAAGUCAAAGCUCUUCUACUACCCCCAAGUCGAGCUCCUUCAGCAACUCUCCGCCACCAAGACCUGGAAAUGGUGCGACGUGAUCCCCGACAUCGUGGUCGGGUUUGUCCCAAACAACAACGCCUACUGUCUCGCUCAAUGGCUGGCUCUGUACCUCAGUCUGUACCGCGAACUCAACGGCCCCGGCGCGGAGGUCGUCUUCCCCGGAACCAAGAGCUGGACUAUCAAGAGCAACGACAGUAAUCAGGAUAUCAUCGGGCGGUUCGCGGUCUACGCUAGCUUGCAUCCCGAGUGGAGUGCGGGGGAGAGGUACAACGUCGCCGACAACGCAACGUACUCGAGCUGGGAGGUCCGGUGGCCGAUUAUCUGCGAUUACUUUGGUUUGAAGGGGGUGGCGCCUACCAAUGGACCUGGGCCGGAUCCUAGUGUGUAUAUCCAUGAGAAUAGGGAGAGGUGGUUUGAGCUGGAGAGGAAGUAUGGAUUGAAAGGCGGACGAGUGGGCAAUGAGAAGAGUCUGACUAUUGUGUCGAACUUUCUCAUGAAUCAGUUCGACUUUGACCGGCAGAUCGAUCUCACUAAGAUGCAUCGGGCGUGGGGGGAUGCGAAGGAGGAGACGGAUGUCCAGGGGGCAUGGCAUGUUGCGUUUGAUCGGUUCCGGGCUGCCAACAUUAUUCCUAAAGCCUUUACCUAG